CACGACGAACCGACAGGUCGCCUUUGUGUUGGAGAAACCCGAGAGGCUAUAAGUAGGCUAAGACCGGCGGUCGAGAAGUCAGUGCGACUUAAUUUGUAACGAGAAGAACAUCGGGAGGUGAAAAAAUAAGGAGAAUAACUCAGCGCAGAAACUAUAAGAAAGAGAAGCGCGUAGUAACCAAGAAUGUCGAAGCUGCUUUUCUACGUCUGCGUCGUCGGUCUGCUCGUCGGAACCGUUAUAUCGGCGUCGACUGGCAAAAGACCGACAAGCGUUGCUGGGCCAACAUGCAAGAGUCACGGCGACCCGUGCCUUGUGGUGGAAGAAUGCUGUCCGAAUUUAUGGUGCAUGACUUACGCUGGGAAAUGCGUGAGCAAACAGAGCCCAGGUUGGAGGGAAGCGAAUUCGACAACACCAACAUCAACGAUGGAAAACGAGGGUCCGAAAAUGGACUCAUGCAACACGCAGAGCGAGUGCUGCGCAAAUACAAGGUGUAACAAGUACGCGCACAGGUGUCAAGUGAUCAUAACCGAAGCAGAUCUGACAAAGAAGAAACAAAAUUAAUCGUUCAACGUUGUACGUGAAUAAUAACGACUUUCACGAUUCGUUAUGCGUGCUUGUACAAUCAUUCUUCACAAGUACACGAACGUUGAUACAAUGCGACGGGAACGAAUUAUGCAUUCGAAUAAACAUGUGUAGCAUGUAUAUUAUUACCUACUUUUAUGCUUUGUACCAGCUUUAUUGUAUCAUGCGUCUAACGAAUAAAAUUUAUGAUAAAUAA